AUGAAAUAUUUCUCUGCUCCGAUAGCGCAAACUCCGUUCACAUUGGGUCUAGCGGUGCACUGGGAUCCGCACACCAAUAUGGGCUUUCCGAUUCCGGCGUACGCAACCUCGGAACGCACGAGGCCGGAAAACUUUAACGCGCAAAGCAUGAGUGUAUUUGCUCCGAUCUACGCGGGGAAAUUCACCAGCUGUUCCACACUGCACAAUGAAUCCAUUUCCGGAGCCACUUUGAGUCCUUAUGAAUUUUGUCAAUUCGAUGAACACAUCGCCUCGUUGUAUCUGGCCAAUCCGAUUUGCGCGUUGCGUGAAAUAUUACUUAAUCGGACCCUUCAAAAGGAGCUAGAAUGUGACACGGAGUUCUUGGAUCGCGUGUAUCUGGAUGCAAAAGAGACGCAGGAUAUAUUUCGUCACUGGAACACGAAGGGAUCAACUCCGUUGAUAAAAAAGUACGUGGUGCACUCACCCUGCUUAGCGGUGUCUGCGAUUCAUGAGUUCGCAUGA